AUGUCAGACGACUCUACAUCUCAGCUUGAUAAUCUAGAGGAUCUGGAAUCGAUUGAACUUAGUGAUGAGUUCAUAAAUAAUAACAUCCAUAACUUGUCCUUCGAGAAAAAUCAUUUUCGUCAAAACAUUAAUAGUUUGUGUGAGACCUUUCUGGUGUCAUUUUUUGGCGAUGAAGAAGACAACCUUCUCUUUCUAUACAACUUUUUUAAAGAAAACACCGCCCUCCUGACAGAUAUCGAGAAAGUCCUCCAGACUUUCAUCUCUCAGUUAGAUUCGAUUCAGGCAGAUAUCGUAUCCGUGCAGGAAUCCAUCAUGGCGAAGAGCAUAACGCUUAAGAACAUUCUCUCCACUGAGUCAAUUCUACGUUCGGCGAUUACGCGACUGGUGAUCCCACCGGAGGUGGUCCAGGUUAUUACACAAUCCAACGAGCAGGAACUGGGAAUGCAGUUCAAACACUGUGUGAAGGAGCUCCUGAGAUACUUAAGGCAUCGAGUAGACGUCCCGAAUGACUUCAUUGGUACCACCCCCAGUAGUCAUCAAAAUAGCAAAAAUGUUGAUCCUAGUCUCUCAGCAGACGAUAAGGGAUCCGUAGACGGGCAAGACGAGUUGCACAUUCCCUUUAAGGAGUGUCGAGUGUAUAGCGAUUUGAUGGACUUUAUGGACUCGUUGACGCUCUACGCGUGCUGGAAGAUCAAAUCUUUCCUAUCGCAGCGGCUCAACGUCUUGACCAUAAAAGGCACAAAUGUAUGGAUUCAUCAGGAAAACGUUCUGAUGCCUUUUUCAUUUUAUGUGUAUUUUCUCCAAUCCGCCGCUCCGCUUCUCAACCGCAAUUCUUCCCAUCCUCAGAGUGUUCCUUCUGGCGAACCCUCGAAAACGCUCCCAGCAAGCAGUGCCAAACCCUAUGAUCUCGCUCAGACUCUUUACGAGGAGUUUAAGGCGGAAUACUGUAAAAUUAUGUUUCAAUUAUACUUAAAGCGAGUUCAAGAUUACGUCUUGACAUGCCAUUCUAUGGAGUUCAAUACCACGUUGCCGGUUCCAUCGCCGACGGACGAUUCCUUCUAUGCCUUACCCCUUAUUACCGAUCCUCAAACGGCGCUCGAGCCGGAGCUCUUGCAAUUCUCCGGACGGGGUGAAAUUUUUAGUCGUCUUUUCAGCUCCCCUUUAAUUCCCGUCAUUGAAAAGGCGCACCAUCGUCGGCAUUCCUACGAGGAGACCUUUCGCUCCCUGUUGAGUGUGAUGUGCGAUAUCACCACGCAUGAAUACCUCUUCGCGUGUGAAUUCUUCAGUGGGGAUGUGGUGGUCUUUGUGGAGGUAUUUCGCCCGACGAUUCAGUUCAUCGUGGAUUACAUCGCGGAGGUUGUUCUCGGGCAGGGCGGCGGGGCCGUAUGCCCGAUCCUGGCUGCGCGGUCCAUUCCCCUCCGUCAGGCAGGGGUGGCGAAGGACACGUAUGGGCUGCUGCUGCUCAUCCGCCAGUGCCACGAGUUCCGCGCGAUGAUGCGGCACGGCCGGCGGCUUUGCUGUCUGGACGGCCUUUUCGACUCCCUCCUGGGGCUGUUACGGCCGGCCUACAACGCCACCCUCCACGCGCAGUUCGUCGCGCUACGGGAGGUGGCCCCGCGGGAGCUCGCGCGGGCGAUGGCCCCUGUCACUGAGCGCCGUCUGCGCGUGGUGCACCCCGUUGUGCGGUCCUUUACAACCUUCUCCGCCGUCCUGAUGGGGCUUUUGCUGGGGCUGCUGCUUAGUGAGGAGCGGCAGCGCGCCGAAGGGGAGCUUCUGCGGGACGAAUGGAUCGCCAGCGGCACCCCCCGCUCGGGCGAGGGGCAGGACCACCUCGACGAAUUGCGCGAAUUGGCCCUCCAGCAGAUCGCCAAGGAGGAGGAGGGCGAGGCGGCGGAUCGGACCGCCGAGUUUAUGAUGCUCGUUAGCAAACUGGAGUUUAUCCGUCUUGGAGUGAUCCAGCUCGUUCAGGAGCUCGGUCAGUGCAUUUUGGACGAGGAAACGGACGCCUCGGUGCGUGAACAUUUAGAGCCCUUGCUAAGCUGCUUUAUGUUAAACAAUCUCUACUAUAUCCUCCAGCAGUACCACCAGCACCACAUAAUCUUGACUGAGACGAAUCCGAUGGAAGAGGGUCAGGAGGACAAAAUGGGAUUGGGAAUUCAAAGGGACGAAUCUCUUCCGCUGGAUAUACGGGAUAACUUUCACGACCUCAAGGAUACCUAUCUACGCUAUCGUACGGAGUUCGUGGAGAAUAUCGUUCGCAAACACAUGCCCGCUUUUUUUAAUAUUAUCCAAAACGGCGAAAGCUCCCCAGUGGAGGAGAUCAAAGAAGCUACAGAUACUUUCAUGAUUUCUUGGCAAAGCGCCCUUGACAGGAUCAUGAAAAACGUUUACCAGCUGAUCUCGGAUUCUGACAACGCACAGCAAAUUAAUGCGCAGAUUUGCAUGAAUAUUCUUAUUUACAACACGCGAUUUCACGCUAUCAUUGCGAAGGCAUUAAAGAAGAAUCACGCCACCUUCGACAACUGCCCACUUCGCUCGCUCAUCGUGACAAAUCAAACAAUGCUCCAGUACAUGCGAGGGUUUUUAUCCUCACUUCCUUUAACUACCGAUGAAUAA